UUCGAGACUAGCAGGAUUCAGUCCGACCCUUGGCAAGGAACGUGGCCUCCGACUCGCUAGAGCAUCCCAGUGGGGCCCAGGUGGUGCCGGGGGCUAAGCAUUAGGCCACUAACCCCAAGGUCGGGGAUUCUUCGCAAGAAAUGUGGCCGAGGUACUUUCAGUGAAAUCUGUACUAGAGUAUGGGAACAGUCAGAGAUAACGAAAAUGAUGCAUCCUGUUGCCAGCAGUAACCCAGCUUUCUGUGGGCCUGGCAAGCCUUCUUGCCUCAAUGAAGAUGCCAUGAGAGCCGCUGCUGACCAGUUUGACUUAUAUGCCUCCCAGCAAAGCAAAUACAGCCACACAGUCGGCCACAAACCCAUGGCUUGUCAGAGGCAAGACCCACUAAAUGAAACACACUUGCAGACUACAAGUGGCAGGAGCAUAGAAAUAAAAGAUGAACUAAAGAAAAAGAAAAAUCUCAACCGAUCUGGUAAGCGCGGCCGGCCUUCGGGAACCACCAAAUCAGCGGGAUACCGGACCAGCACAGGCAGACCCCUGGGAACCACCAAAGCAGCUGGAUUUAAGACAAGUCCAGGCCGACCUCUGGGUACAACUAAAGCCGCGGGAUACAAAGUCAGCCCAGGGAGACCUCCAGGUAGCAUUAAAGCUCUGUCGCGUCUUGCCGAUCUCGGUUACGGCUGUGGCACUGCUGCUUUUCCUUACCCGAUGAUGCACGGCAGAGUGGUUCACGGGGUCGGGGAAACCAGCAGUGAAGUCAAGCCGCCCAAUGAGUGAAUGAAUGAGCAGGAAAGGAGGGUCUGCUUGAGAAGGAAGAGUGUGAAUAAUCCCAAAGCUUCUUGGUUUUUUUUUACACACAGGAGUGUAGGGCCUGGGCUUUCCAAAUCUGUUUCCAUUUGACUUUUUCCUGCUUUUGCUCAGAGCUGCCAUAUGCGGGCAGAUGCACUCAGGGCGCGAGCAGGGCAUUGUAUUUGUACAUAGAUUCAACUGUAAUACCACCUAAAUCAUUUUUGGUUUUCCGUUAGUGUUAUGGCAGUCCCGUGUGUUUCAUUACAACUGUUGGCCAUUCUAAACAGAUACAUUUGAAACCGUUAAAACUAUUAGUUUGUGAAGUGCAGUAUAACAAAGGUACUAUCUGGAGGUAUUUUUAACUGAUGAGUAAAACAAACUAAUGAUUUGGACUUGCAUAAGGUAAUAACUGAAUUUUUGUACCAUUUUCAUGAGACGGGACACAUUCAUAUGCAUUGGCAUUUUACAUAAACUUCAGAUGUUAAAAAGCUUACUUGUAAUUUCUAUGUUUAGGUAGCUUCGUAUUUAUUUACCUACAUGCCAUUAAUUGCUCUAACCAUCAAUGUUUGUUUUUCAGCAGUGAUAAGUUAUAUGUUUUUUAAUUGCAUAAGAGCAUAUAUACCAAACACUACAAAUAAUGCAUAUUUACAAAAAAAAUUGAACUAUUUUAUGAUCACCUGCACAUGACAUUUCUAAUGAAAUAUAAUGCAUUCUGAGAAGAGCAUAUUUAAUAGAAAUAGGAAAAGAGACAUUCCGAAGGCCCGCAUAUGGCUAUGGUCAGUACAUGCUGCCUUUUUUAUACUUAGUGAAUUUUUUAAAGUAUUAUGUUUAAAGACAUUGAUUAGUGUUGCUCAUUUAUUUGUAAUUUUUUAGUUUUUCUGAGGAAUACUCCCAUUACAUUAGAAUUUAUUGUGUUUUCCGGUUUAUAUCUACCAAGGUCACAAAUUUAAUGGUAGACCGUAAAACUGGUAUAAACAGAAGGCAGUCUCCUGGCUGUCAGAACCCAAAUAUUAAGAAAUAUAUAAGAAUUCAUCUAUGCAUGAAAAAAAUAGAAAAAUAUGCUUAUUAUUUAAAAUCUUGUGGAUCCUGGGAGACCACUUCAUCCAAAAGAAUUUUUCCCCCCAACAAUGUUUGCUUUAAAAGCAAAAAUAGAUAGAAAAGGAAAAAACAACAGCAUUGGGGUAAAUAUAUAUAGUAGGGCAGGAGGUAAAUCCCUUUCCAUCGUUUUUGAAAGUAAUAGCCCUUGUUAAUACACAUUUUAUUUAUUCUGAGUUUGUCUAAAUAAAUUAAACUAUUUUAAACUUUGGAUUUGAAAAUUCCACUGAACUUUAAAGUUACAAUGUAUGUACUUGCAAUUUAAUUGCCUUUGAGAUUAUAUUAUUAUAGAUUUACAGUACCCCAAAAUUUAAAAAAUUAUUGAAAGGGCACAUGCUGUGUUGUUUGGCUUGCUCUCAGUUAAUGCAAGCUCUGAUUGCAAAUGGAUGUCAUGUUUCGUACCUUUUUUAUCAGGAAAAAAGCAGCAAGCCUUCAGGUGUUCCAGUGAUGCCUGACACAAUGAGCUGGACUUUAUGCUGCUCUUUACAGUAAGAGGUGUUGCAUUAUGUGUGGGACUGUGUGCACUGGCAUCUAAGACAGUGACCUCAACAAUUUUAGCAUUGCACAAACCAUAGAGAACAGUGUGGGAUGACUGCUUAAUCAAUUGUCACAUUCUGGCAGCUAAAUGGCUUCAAGAGUAUGUUCUUGCUGAGGCUUAAAAUAGAAAUUUUAAGUAAUUUAUUCAGUAUAACUUCUGACACACACAAAUGCUUACAUCUGUAUUCAUAUGUUCAUCUAUCUGUUUUUAUUAUGUAUCUGUCAUUUAGCUAUUUCUCAAGAUGAUGUUCAGCAGUUGGUUGCUUAGAAAUCCUUUUUGAACCUCGUUCCUGUAUUAAAUGUUUUUUCUUAUGAUAAUAUAUACCACUGUCUAGGAUUUGACCGCAUGUUGCGUUCUAUAGGAAGUCCAUUUGGCAUUUCCCUUUCUGUUUGUUUCAUUCCUGAUUUUGCUCUAUGGACCCACGGCCCUUUCCUAUGUUCAGCCACCUCACUCGCCCCGAGCCUCCAGCCCAGCUACUCAGUGGUGCUCUGUGUCAGAAGAUAAAGCAGAUGUAUUAUUGUAUAAUGAAUUUUGUACACGUUUAUGAAAUGGUAAAAUCAACUAAAGGAGGUCUGGCUCAGCAGUGAGGCGCUAUGUCCCAGGAAAGAAAGCGGGGAGAGGGAAGGAUGUUCUGCGGCUGUGAAUGGAUAGCAAUGGAUUGCUGUUUAUGUGGGCAGUGAUCCAGAAUAUUUGAUCCAUAUACUGGUGUGCAUCUCCUUAAUCCACUUACGCUUUCUCCUGGUGAACAGUGUACUAGUGCCAUGCUGAAGAGAAAGACACAUACGUGAUAAUGUAUUUGAAAUCUUAAAAUAUUAUAAGGUAUUUUUACUUCUGUAUAAUCUGAAGACUACAUUGUGCAUCUUUUGUAACACUGUCUCUUGUCAUGGUAAACACUGAAAUAGCAUGUUAAAUGAUUGCCUAAACUUUAAUAUAAUCAGAUGGGGAAAGCUGAUCUUUUCUCCCGACUGUAUGAUUGUUCCUUGAAAGGUAAAUUACUAAUUUUAUACUGUGUAAUUCUGUUCUUCACAAAAUAGGUUUCACUAUUCUAUAUUAAAACUUUUGGUCAGAAAAUGAUCUACCAUUCAAGUAAGUUUGUCUUAUUUUUUCUUUAGAUAUUUUAACAUGCCAUUUUUAUUAUUCUAUUAACAAAUAAGGAGCUCUAAUACAUAUAAAAUUUUCAUUUUUUUGACAGAUAACUUUGCAUAACCAAUCUUCAGUAUGGGAUGAUUUUGAUACUAUCUUUGGAGUUUUGCCCUGGGUAUUUAAAAAAAAUUGGCACAAUGUAUUAAAAGAAAAUAUAAGUAUCUCAUUAAUUUUAAUAUUUGGGGAAAUUUUUAAAGUCAGUAUUUUAGUUAGACAAAAAUUCCUUGUACCUUUAAUUGCCUUGAAAAAAGAAACAUCUGUCAAAUCAAUAUUCAUUCCAAACUGAUGUGUGAAUUUACAUGCACAUUAAAGUAAGAUAAGAGUUGGUUUGCGUUGAGGGAGAAAAGUCUAGAUUCAUUUAUUAAGCCAAGAGUGAUCCAUCCAGUGUAAGUAUGAGUUAAAGAAGAUAAAAUCAAACUUCUCUUUUGUAUUUUAAGAAGCUUUAAAAGAACAAUUCAGGGGAUGUCAGUAACUGCCACUCUGUCAGUCAUUGUCUAUAUGCAGUACAACUUUAUUAUCCCUUUAUAAUAGAAUAGUUCAUAACAGUUAUUCAAAACAUUUUCCCUUGGACCACAUAUAUUUUUAAACUACCAUUAUUUUUUAACUAUAUGCUAUUAAACUCUAGGGUGUAUCUAAGUCUCUCGUUUUUCUUCUCCCCUCCCAAGUAGAUAAGUCUCUGCUUUUUGCAUAUAAUGAUUUAAGUUUUGAAAUUUUUUAUGCUAUAGUAAAUCAAUAAGUGUGUGAUUUAUAGUAUUAAGACCACUCUGAUUCUUUUAAAAUUUUUAUAAUAUCCUUUUUCACAGGUAAUUAGGUAAUUAUGGGAGAAAAUAACUACCAAUUAACUGAUAAAAGCACGCUGUCCUCUGCUGUAAAAAAGUCUGAAUAAAUACUGUGUAUGUUUUUCUGUCCAUGAACUUGAGCUACUCGUGUGCAAUUAAUGUCUAUGGAAUGGAGUAGUGUUCAUGAUUUGUAUCUACAUCAUCAUAUGGAUGUAUAUUUAUUAAUAAAGUCAUUACUUUCAAACCAA